UGGGGUGAACGUCACACGUGACAGACGCAAAACUCUGUUCUCCUGACCAUUGUAAGCGCUGCGGACCUGCAGUGCCGAACUUUCUACGGCCAUAAACAUGCCUGGAAAAUGUAAAUUCCAGGUUGCGUGGCUUUCCAAGGAUAUAUACAAAGACUGGCUCGUCAAAGACCCACAAGACAUUCAGUUGGCCAGAUGCAAAGCUUGUUGCAAAGCAAUUAAACUGCAGACGAUGGGAGAGGCAGCCCUCACAAGCCACGCCGCGGGCUGUGGCCAUAAAGCAGCCGUCCGCAAGCUCGUAGAAGGUAGUCCAAUCCACAGAUCAUACAUGUGCACCACAGCAAUGUUCACAUCUCGUGGGUAACAAUACAUCUCGUAUCUGUGGCCAUGUUCAUUUGCCAGUAGAGAGGUUGGGUUUUGUAAUUCGUGUUCCCCUUGUUCUUUACUGCAGCAACAAACGCAAACGAGGAUGCCCAUGCAAGCGUGUGUGUGUUGAUAUUAGGUGGUCGGAUCAGCAACCACACAGACCCACCGAAACAUAUUAAAACCCCUAGCAGAUGUCACUAUUCCAUUCAGACCGCCAUUUUGGGUGUCAGGCGCGGACCAAGCCUAGGGCCGAGGCUUGCCAGCCUGAGAGAACCAGUGUGCAGUUUUCCAGGUUAUAUAGUCCCGCUCUACUUUGGCCAUAAUGGUGCACGCUUGUGUUGCUGUUGGGUGUCACAAAUGGAAGACUCCUGGCUCGCUUGUGUCAUUUGACCGAUAUCCCCAUGAUUUGGAGAGAACGCAGCACUGGGUGACAGCUGUGAAACGCAACGUGCCUGCAUUGGAGCCCAGUCGACUCAGUCUGCACAGUGCACUUUGCAUCUCGGGGUAAACAAAGUAGGAUUCCACUGUCCCCGGACUACUCUCCAACAGUGGUGGGAAAACUUUAAUUUCCGCGUCAACCAAAAAUACCUGCAGCUCUUAAAACCAAAAGACGGUUGAGCAAUGAUAAGGCGCAGGAUGAUGCUGCUGCCACUGUCGCCACACUCCUUGGACGUGACGACAACCCCCCACAACGUGAGCCAAACAUACCAGCCAAACCCUGAGAGCCUUGACGUAGUACCCCCCCUGGUUAGCCCUCGCUUGACACCCCAAAUGACGGCGAAUGCAAAAGUGACAUCACACGCAAAGGGUCCAUAUUGUGUCGGCGUUCUGAGUAGAUGCUGGUUAAGUGAUCACCAUGGCUGCGGUACUCUUUAUUCCCAGAGGGAAACACCGGCUUACUGUUUGAAUAAUUGUUCCUCUCAUCCACCCUCUGAUUCCCAUCUUCUCUUCCUCUGUCUGUCUGUCUUUUUGCUACGUUUCUUCUUUCGCUCCCCCUCUUCGGUUAGGUCACAUCAUGGUGAUGAAUGUCGCCGAUCAUGUGAAUGGCUACGGCAAUAUCAAGGAUGAGGAGGAGAAGGAGCCGGUGGCUCUCGGCCUGCACCUCAACGCCUUCGACCGGCUGACAGGAAGUGACCCGUCGGCAGACCUGGAGCACAGUGUCCUCGGCGCCAGCUCCGCUUCCCACAAUGCCUCGUUCCAGGAGGUCACGUUCCCGACCAGCUUCAUAGACUCGCGCGGCGUGCCGAGCCAAAGCAGUGUCGACUGUGGUGUCCCCAGGGUCCAACCUCCCAACAUCAAUCCCCACCACCACCCUCCCCGCCUCCUCCUCCACGCUCCCCAGCAGCCCCCCCUACACCACCGGCCUCCGUCACCAGCCCGACGCCGCUGCGAGGAGCCGGCGCUGCGAGACACGGCGCCCCCUCCUAAGUUUCCUCGCACGCCUCGCUCCGUGACGGCGGCGGCGGCGGCGGCCCUCGCCAGACGGGAGCGGGAGCAGCGGGAGAGGGUGGAGGCCCUGGAGGAGGAGCGGGUGGAGAUGCUGGGGGAGCAGCAGCAGCAGCAGGAGGGGCGCAGGGAGCAGAUGGAGAGCCUGGAGUGGGAGCGGCGCAUGCGGGUGCUGGUGUGGGAGCAGGAGGUGCUGAGGGAGAAGGGCAGGGCGGCCCGGGAGAAGGCCCGGGCCUACCGCAUGAAGAGGAGGUACUACGGGGCCAAGCUGAAGAGGAUGGGCCAGGACGUCCCGCCGCCGCCGCCGUCGUCGUCGUCGUCCUCCGGCAGCGACCAGGACGAGUGGGGGAGCGGCGAGCGAGCGCCCAAGGAGGGGGCGAUUGUGUGACGUCACAACGAGAUGGACUUAAAUGUUUUUUUUUAUUUUUUAUUAUUGACUUUAUACCCGUUUGUCUUCAUAAGAAAAAUGGGGAAGACUAUUUUUAUAUAUCAUUCGUUUUUUUGUUACGUUCCAACUGAUUGUACCCACUGCUUUAAUGUGCGGGGAAUGUGUCGGCAUCUUGAAACAAUCCCUGAUGUCGUUUUGUUCUGAAGAGAUUGUUGAUUUUGCUGCUGUUGUUUGAAAGCUCCGAGACAAUAUCGAGUUAAUGGAGGACUAUAAGUAUGGUUCUAAAUUAUCUUAAUUAUUGAGGGCAAUAAUUUCAAAAGUCAAUACAAAUCUGGAAGAUUUUAAAUUUUCUGAUUAUAUUGUCAUUUCUUUUUUUAAUACUGUAAUAUAUCAUUGUACUACUUUGGAUGCCCAUAUUGAACUUGUUUGUAAAUGUUUGCCUGGUACAGUUUGAUGGCCUUGUGACAGUGAAACCAUCCAGAGGUUUAAGCAAUGGAUUUUCACAUAUGGGCGUGGCCUGACAUUAAGAAUUUGAGCCAAUCUGAAUAAAUGACUAGGUAACGCUAUUGGUCUCUUCGCUCAUGCCAAAUAGAAUAGUACAUAAGGCAGAAACAUUGAAAUAAGUAUUGUGCAAAUUACUGUUUAUCCUUUAACAUCGUUAUUCAAUCAAUGCUAACUCCUCCCCCUACCGCUGACUGGUCCAAUUUUACAUUUUUGAGAAUGGCUUUCAUCAGGCUCGGGCCGCAAAUCGAGAGAAUGUGAAGUCACAAGCUCAGGAUAAUCCCAAACUGCUAACGGUUUCAAGGCACAAGAUCUAGAAGGCUAAUUUGCGUCUUUUGUCAAAUUGUCUUAACGGUCAUGCUCAAUAACUACAAUCACAGUUGAUGGAAAAAAAUUCUUAUUAAAAGCCGCUAAAUUGAAA